AUGAGUCCCUACAUCCACUCCCCCGACAGCGUCUACUCUUCCGACGGCUUUUACUCCCCUCCCGAACAUUACCAGCCAAAGUACGAGUCCUCUGCGACCGUACCAAGGUUCAACUCGUGGUCAGCUUAUAGCCAUAUUUCGAGCCUUUUGCGUGCUCCGCACCAUGCUCCAUCCAUCAAUCCUAAAGUCACGAUUUUAACGACACAGCCAUCCCUAUCCUCCGACGUUAACACCCCUUCGUCUGCGUCGACACUGUCAAUACAGACGCCGUCCUCCCCCUUUGUCCAUGAAUAUCCUGACAAUCGGGAAGACAUGGAUUUUGAUGAAUCUGACUCAGAAGAUGAAGACGUUGAUUCUGACAUUGAUGAGAUGGAUGGUAUUGAGGAAGAAACUAUGCCGUUUUACGGUGUAACCGUGCCCCAGGUGAUGAAAUCCACUUCUGCGCUCGAAGGCGCGCUAGGGGACGGUUCACGGUCAUCUGGCCCUUGGUGGCCACAGCCAUCAUCGUCAUAUAUACUUUCAGACCGGCGAAUGUCCGUGUCUGCGCCUGGAUCCUCAUCCCACCGACCAAUACCUUCCCAUUCACAACGACGACAGGACAGCGAUAUGUAUUCCCCAAGACCACCUAAUGAUUCGGCACCAGCAUCACCUUCAUACCCUCAUCAAAGCUCUUCGUAUACCCAUGACAGUUCGAGUUCAAUGACUACAUUAUUCGCACCACCCACUUCCGCAUUGUACCAAAAUUCGUCAUCAUCCUCGCUGGCCGAUGCAAUUCCAAUCGGUCUUACACCUGGAGCUACACGAAAUUCAUCCACUCGUCUGCCCAUUAUGCAACCACAACCAAUCCGCCCAAUCCCUCCCAUUCCUUUGGACGAAUUAACGACGUCUGCUGCCGAAGUAGAUGACCCUGUCUUUCCAAACGAAGACAUUCAUAGACCUCGAGAGCGGAGUCUUUCGCCCCUUCCACUUCUUUGCCAGCCAGUCUCCGAUGCCGUGAGGUAUCAAUUGAGCGCAAAUUCUAGGAACGCUCAGGGUGACGGUGAGGCAUAUGAUCAUCAGAUUACGGCGGAGCCGUCACCUAGAAUUUCUGCCAUUCAAUCUCAUCAUUUUAAUCCGGCUUACCCCCGAACCUGUUCAGGAGCCACGCACACUCCGAUGUGUACAUGCAGACGUGACAGGAAAAUGAGUUGGCGGUGA